AUGAUGAUCGAUGCUUAUGAGAUAUAUGGCCACGAUCCAACUGACAAGCUUGAUCACCUCGCACAUUAUCAGAUCGAGAUGAUGAAAAUUAAGAGGGCACCCGAUCAGGUGCUCUUGAUAGCUCUAGAUGAUACGAUAGACAAUAUGCUAACGAUGUACGAUAAUCACAAUGCAAUAAAAAAUGAAAGAGUGGCCACUUAUAAUUCUGCAGCAGGAGGAGCAGUGCCUUCUGAGUUCUAUUUAAGUCAAGGUAAUGAUAAAUGGAGAGGCCCAUUCAUAAUCCCGGGAGAUCCAGGAACAGGACUUUCUCCCAUCCCGCCCUUCAUCGAACAGACUACAGAAGCGUUUCAUGUAUCCACUGAGUCACCGGGGCCUGAAUAUGCUAAUAUUACAUAUACACUGGAUGGAUGCUGGUUUAUGUUUCCACCAAACUACGGUUCGAUUGCUGGCAUCAGUUAUCUCGAUCCACUCACUGUAAAUGAGUACAGAUACACUUGUUCUGGCGCGGGAAAUAACAAGGGUCUCUACUGGUAUCCACAAUGGAUGGGUGCGCCUCCUCACCAUCCGUAUCCACGAUCUGGAGAUUCCCCCUCCGACAUAGUGGCGGGGAUGCCCGGUCCGUUCUACCCGCAUUUAGAAGGACAGUUACCGCUUGAUGUACAAGUGCCAGUUAUAAAUAAU